UCAGAAUAAUAGUCGAGAGAAUUAUUUAUUUCAGCUUUUACUUCUUUCAUCACAUUCCCAGUGGGUCAGAAGUUUACAUACAUUUUGUUAGUAUUUGGUAUCAUUGCCUUUAAAUUGUUUAACUUGGGUCAAAUAAGCUUCUCACAAUAAUUGCUGGAAUAUUGGCCCAUUCCUCCAGACAGAACUGGUGUAACUGAGUCAGGUUUUUAGGCCUCCUGGUGCGCACACGCUUUUUCAGUUCUGCCCACAAAUUUUAUAUCGGAUUGAGGUCAGGGCUUUGUGAUGGCCACUCCAAUACCUUGACUUUGUUGUUCUUAAGCCAUUUUGCCACAGAUUUGGAGGUAUGCUUGGGGUCAUUGUCCAUUUGGAAGACCCAUUUGCGACCAAGCUUUAACUUCCUGGCUUAUGUCUUGAGAUGUUGCUUCAAUAUAUCCACAUCAUUUUCCUUCCUCAUGAUGCCAUCUAUUUUGUGAAGUGCACCAGUCCCUCCUGCAGCAAAGCACCCCCACAACAUGAUGCUGCCACCCACAUGCUUCAUGGUUGGGAUGGUGUUCUUCGGCCUAUGAACAUGGUACCUUCAGGUGUUUGCAAAUUGCUCCCAAGGAUGAACCAGACAUGUGAAGGUCCACAUUAUUUUUUCCUGUGGUCUUGGCUGAUUUUUUUAUUUUCCCAUGUCAAGCAAAGAGGCACUGAGUUUGAAGUGAAUUCUGUAUGCUGGGGUCCAUAUGACUUUGGUUUGAUUCUGGCCUGUGGCAGCUCAGAUGGUGCGAUUUCAGUGUUGACCUGUUCUGGUGAUGGACACUGGGACAUUAAGAAGAUCAACAAUGCACAUACAAUUGGCUGUAAUGCAGUGAGUUGGGCCCCAGCUGUUGUUCCAGGGAGUCUGAUUGAGCAGCCAACAGGACAGAAGCCAAACUACAUCAAGAGAUUUGUGUCUGGAGGCUGUGACAAUCUGGUCAAGCUGUGGAAAGAGGAGGAUGGCCAAUGGAAAGAGGACCAGAAGCUGGAGGCACACAGUGAUUGGGUGAGAGAUGUCGGCUGGGCUCCUUCCAUUGGUCUGCCCACCAGCACAAUCGCUAGCUGCUCACAGGACGGCCGUGUGUUUAUCUGGACAUGUGACGACCCAAUGGGCAACACCUGGACAGCCAAACUUCUCCACAAAUUCAAUGACGUGGUGUGGCACGUGAGCUGGUCCAUCACUGGAAACAUCCUGGCUGUGUCCGGCGGGGACAACAAAGUGACCCUUUGGAAAGAGUCUGUUGAUGGACAGUGGGCGUGUAUCAGUGAUGUCAACAAAGGCCAGGGGGCUGUAUCCUCCAUCACAGACACCCAACAGAGCGAGCAGUGAAGCUCGUCUCGUACUUUCUCCCAUAGCGAUCAGACACCCAGGAUAGAGGACCUCCAAUCGGCAAAGGGUGACAUCGCCGUACCCUCAAAGACUUUUCUUGAAAGUUGAAGUGCAUCUCACUCCCAAGGAUUUCCAGGCUGCCGAACCAAAAUGAAAUUAUGUUGUUUUAGUUUAUUUAAAAAAGGAGGUUUGAGAUGAUUUCUGAAGUUUGUAAAAAUAUUCUUAACAUGUGAAAUGAUGUAGAGAAAUAAUUCAUGGAGAAGUUGUUUAAUGUGUGCUGAUAAAGAUCUAGGACAAAAUGGACAAACAUGAUCCAAAUAUGUUGGCAAUUGUGGAAAUCGCAGUUUUUCAAGAUCCGCAAAACCAUUGAAUAAAAUUAGCUAAACUAAACUAUAAAAAAGCUGUGAUUUUUAGUUAUGCACCAUAUUAAAAGCAUAUACAACAACUCUCAUUUAUUUAAUAUAAAUAAACUGAUAAUGUCGACAUUAAACCAAAAUGGACCCUUCUUUCUUAAUGUACGUUCCUAGUCUGAAUAUGAACGAUUCAAACAAGUGCUUUGAAAUUUGCAGACAAGUCAGAAGUGUUCUAUUUUGACAAUUUAUUAAAAAUUUUGCACCGUACAUAUUAUGAUCAGUAAAAACAUCAGACUCAUCAAAUAGCUAUGUGUCAGAUGUUGUUGGAAAGCUCUCAAAGAGUAGAAUAAUCAGAGGUGAAAAUAUAGCAAGUAUAUGUCUUUGACAUUUGUUUCAUGUGAACAGGUGUUGCUCAUGCUGUGUUUUUGCUUAUAACUUCACGAAACAUAAACAGAACAUAAAAUAUCACAUACCAUUACUCAGAGGCGAUUAUGUUUCAAACGACCCAAACAAAAGGUAGUCAGAUGCAUAGAUCAUUGGAUAAUUGACACGAAGCACAAUGUGCACAGUGCACACAGCAUCUGGCUAUCUGGCAUCUUGCAAUCUGGCUGAAAAAUAUCAGAAACGAGGUAGUGUCAUAGAAUGCUAAACCAAUCGGAUUGGAAUCAGAUCGAUGCAAAAAGCUAUCCAUAUCUGGGUAGAGAGACGUGAUUGGUGACUGUUACACAUGGCCACCAGGAGAUGGCUCCAAGUACAUGACACAGAGUCAAUGAUGACUCAUAUGGCACAGAAUGAAACUCAUUCUGUGAUAUCUCAACUAAAAUCAUGUCUGCAUGCUAUGCAAACCUUCAGUCAUUGUUGUGUUUGCAAGUGUAAUUAGUUCUUAUGUACAUUUAUUAUGUUUUGUUUGUUUGGAGAGGCUUUUGGACACUUUGAGAUGUUUUGGACACCAGGAUAAAUUGUUUUUGUAAUGCUAUAACUUUUGAUUGCUUUGUCGUAUCAGCACAAUUUUACUCAGUUGCAGUUGACAUGAUUGAGAAAAAAACAAAAGCAGUUUUUCGAAGCAACCUUAUUUACACCCUGAGAUAUAUAAUGUCAAAUCAGGAAAAAUACAAAAAAAGCUACUCGUGUGAUUUGCAGCAGUUUCUUAGGGUCUUAGAGUCUCAGAAAUUAUCAUAAUUUAUAUCAUUAAAGUUUUCUUUACAAUUAUAACAAA